GAAGGUUGAAAGAAAGUUCAGUUUCCGGUUUACUGCGAGCUCUCUGGGUGACUUGACUGUAACAGCCAGUCUCGAUACAACCAGGAGACAGUCUGCUGCAGACGUCUAAACGCUGGAGUUGCAGACACUCUCUUUUUGUCCGGAUUCUUCUGAGAUGGACGUUGGCGUGUCCAAGUCCCGCGUGUUUGUCAGCUACAGCUCCCAGGUCCUCCUCUCCAAGUGUAGUGUCCCGCUGAGUGUGCGCUACGUCAUGGAUGCUGUGAAGGACGGAUCCAGAGGGAAAAUGGUAGCUCUGGCUGCAGGCCUGUCUGUUGGAGCUACGAUAGGCUACAUUGUUUAUCGCCACAUCAGCAACGCCGGCAGUAGUCAGGAGUCUGACGCUGAGGAGUCCAAAAUGAUUCUUCCUAUUGAAGUGUAUAGAAACAUCUCCAGAUGCCAUGCUACAUUUCUGGAUGUGGUGAGCCAGAAGUCUGGAGCUCAUGUGAGAGUUACAUCGUUCUCGGAGGAAACUGGCCAUAAGGCCACUGUGUGUGUCCAGAUACAGGGCUCAAAGGAGCAGGUCCUGUUGGGCCGCUGUGUCCUGGAGAACCUGGUUACGGACUGUGAGCCAACAGAGGAGGUUUUAGAGGUUCCUCAGAACGCCUUUGGACGUGUUAUAGGACGUGGGGGUGAGGGUUUGAAACUAAUCACAAGAAGCACAGGAGCCAGAAUAGUUUGCUCCAGAAAGAAAAAGCACAGCCCUGGAGAAAAGGGGAGUGUGACCAUCACCGGGAGUAAACAGGAGGUCAAGCAGGCCAAGGAAAUGAUUCUAGAAAGAGUUGGAGCGGAUGCAGUGGUGAGGUCAAAGAUCUCGCAGUCAUCUGCCCUUCGCCAGAAACGUGGACAUAAAGUCGUGAAUCCAGAUCCCUGCUGCUUGGAACCCAAAUGCCUCGUUGGUCUGAACAACAACGGCCCUGUCUCCUACACGGAGCAGAAUGGACUUGUUCAGUCCAAAGACGCCACGACUGAAUGUCUACUUCUUGAGAUGAAGGGGCUGAAAGGCACAGAUGAGCAGGAAGAGGAGAGCAGCGUGUCCACAGAUACACUCUCUGAAGUGUCCAAGUUUGAAAUUCCCAGUCCAGAUCUGAGCUUCCAGCCUGAUGAACACUUAGAGGUUUAUGUGUCUGCAUCGGAAAACCCAAACCACUUCUGGAUCCAGAUUCUGGGCGUUCGCUCCCUCCAGCUGGACAAGCUGACAGAGGAGAUGAACAACUUCUACACAAAUGAAAACCCCACAGAGCAGCGGAUGGAUAGCAUUUUGGUUGGAAACAUUGUGGCUGCUCCGUAUCGAGACUACAACACAUGGAACAGGGCCAGGGUGCUGGGGUUUCUGGGAUCUGGACUGGUGGACCUUUACUAUGUAGACUUUGGGGACAACGGGGAGCUUUCCAGGGACAGUCUGCGCCCCCUCAGGAGCGACUUCCUCAGCUUACCAUUCCAAGCUAUUGAGUGCAGCUUAGCAGGAGUGAGGCCAAAAGGAGAGGCUUGGACUGAAGCAGCUCUGGACGUAUUUGAACAGUUGACAUACUGUGCUAACUGGAGACCCCUGCAGGCCAAACUCUGCAGUUACUCCCACUCUAAACUCUCGUCCUGGCCCACUGUUAAGCUGUAUGACAACAGCAAAGGAAAGGCUGUGGAUAUCGGUGAGGAGCUCAUCCGGCUGGGCCAUGCUGUCAGCUUCCAGGAAACAUUUAAUGAGAAGGCAGAAGGGGACAAUCUAGGUUGUUUGCAAAGGAUGUUGGAUGAUGUAAUAGGAGCAACUUCAGAGCUCAGUCUGUCAUGUAUCAGUUUGUCAGAAGCUGCUUCAGUCUCAGGAAGUGUGGAUGAUGGUGUAGAAGAUGAGCUGCUCUGAGACCAAACAGAUACAUAAAGGCAUUAUUUUUUUGCUACUUAAGCAUUGUAUCUGUUGAAAAUGAUGACAUUAUGCCUCCUGUGUUCUGGCUUUAACUAAGCACUCUUUUGCAUUGGUCCAGGUUGUAUAAGCAAGAAUGUUCACUUUAAAAAAAGGUUACAUGAAGUGGUCAAUUGGCCAUGAAACGUUGUUCUUCAGAGAAAUAUUAUAUUGACCUAUAUUACAACAAAUUACUUAUUUUAUUUGACAGAGAUUGUAUCUUUAUUUUCAGUGCACAUUUCUAAAGUAAACUGAAUAAUAACCACAAUGCAAUAAAAUAAUGUUCUUUCUUCAUUGUUCAUCGGUUUGUGAUUAAAUUGUGGUGGCCAUUCA